CGCCCCCGCGCCCCCGCCUCCCUCCUCCUCUUCCUCCGCACCCGUCCGGAUCGGAAUCGUCCAUUUCGAGGCGAAACGGUCGCCUGUUCGUAUUGCUCGUAUCCACCGCAGUGCGAGGCGGGGCCUGGGGCGUGGGAGAGGCGCGCGCGCACACACACUCUCACACACACACUGGGGACGGGCGAUGUUAUGACCUCAUUUUACGACAAGUUACCCCCUCCGCACUCGCUACCGGGACAGCGUAGGGUGGUUUAAACAGAAAUCAGAAAGGUGUUAAGACCCUGUUCGCCGUCAUUUACGUACUUGCAUCCAGAGAGCGGCACGGAUGGAGCCAAAUCUCGAAACGCCCCGCUCACUACCUAAAGCGCUAAGAGCGGUGGGCGGAAACGGAAACGGCUGGAGUGCGACGUCGCAGAUUCUCUUCAGCAGCCCGACUGAGCCUGCGUCACUGCUGCGUCACUUUGUCUUCCGAGCGUGUUUGUGUUGUACGCCAACGGUAUAAUUGUGAAAACUCAUCGUCGCAGAAAGUGUGCAGCCUACUUUGUGAGGAGUAUUCCUGUGUUCAGGUCACUUCCAAGUCGUGCGACAAUGGAUUCCACUGCCCGCCGCCCAAGGACUGCUGUCCACAGGGCUGCUGCUACCAGCUGGGGGUGCAGAUGCACACCCCGUACCUGCCCUCUGGACACGGCCCGGCCAACGUGCUGUCUGCCGUGUUCUGGAACCACUGGUUCUUCUGGAGUCUGCUGGCGCUGCUGCUGCUGUCGUGCUCCGGGGGCUGCUCGCUGUGGCGCCGGCGCCACGAGCUGGACGUGCUCGGCUGCCAGAGCUGCGGCCAGGCCGAGGACCAGGACGCGCAGUCGGACCGCGACUCCACGGCCAGCUGCUACCCGCCGCCACAGUACUCGCGCUGCAACUCGUUCUCACAGCCGCCUCCGUACAGCGAGGUGACGUCCAAACCCGACCUGUACCCGCUGGUCAUUAGCUACAACGACAACUCUGCCAAGGGGGGCAGCUACCUGAUGGUGCAGUACCUGAGGCACUACUUCUUGCGACCCGCAGGCGGGUCCCUGUCACACACGAGCACCGCCGAGUCCCUCAGCUCCGCCUUCAUCUGUGGUCCAGCACCGCCGGAGGCACUCGGCGGCGCGCCGCCGCGGUACGUGUCCAUCGCGGAGGGCUCCCGGGGCUCCACGACGGCCGCGGUGUCCGGCCCACCCACGCCGCCACCCCUGCCUUCCUACUCGUUCGGCCCGGGGCCGGGGCCGCCCCUGACGCUGCCGCACCCGACGCUGCCGCCCCCGACGCUGCCGCCGCCCCCCGUCGCCGCCCCGCCGCGCAAGCCGCUGCCCAACUCGGCAUCCAUGCCGUCCGUCUGCAGCAUGGCCUCCAGCAGGCUGAGCUCAAGGAGCGGGUCCAGGAGCGGGUCCAGGACCAACUCGAGGACGGGGUCCAGGAGCCAGACGCAGAGCUACGCCCACUCCAUGGUGGUGGGCGGCUGGUCCAACUCGGGCUCCGUCUCCAUCUCGGUGCAGCCCGUGCGCGGGCCCGCCCGGCCGGCCUCCCUGCCGCAGCCCCAUCACGGCAACCACAGCAGCCACCAGGGCUGCUCGGGGACCGUCUCGGAGGUGAGCUCCCUGCUGGAGGAGAUGUCGCCGUCGUCGCCUCCCCGGGCGCUGUCGCCUUCUGCGCCGGACGAGCUGAGGCUGCUCCUCGAGCAGAUCGACUCCCUGUCCGGCGGCGACCCCGGCCCUGGUGGCGCGCCCUCUGCGGCGCGGCCCCCGCGCAGGACGCGCAGGGGCUGGAUCACCUGCAGGCCGUCGCGGUCCGCGCCGUGCACGCCCCUCUCCCCAGUGGGGCCGCAGCCCGCCGUGUUCCUGGCCGGCCUGACGUCCCAGCAGGAGUGGGCCUCUCGCGGGCAGGAGGACCCGCCCUCGCCCGCGCCCUCGGACCCGCCGCGGGGCUCUGCGGCCCGGCCCCGCCGCCAGGCCCGGCAGGAUGGGCACGAGGACUACUGCAGGUCCUUGCUGCUCGAGAACGAGGAGAACAGCGACGUCCCGUGAUAGACCUCAGCAUGUACUACGACUACGUACGCCUUGUCCAGUCUCUUCCCCUAUCAAUAUAUAGGAGAAGCGCUAAUGUGAUCGGUUUUGGUGGUCUCCACAAAUUGCCGAGGUUGCCUUUGGUUUUGUGGAAUGUAUGCAUUGAUUAAGUCCUAUUAUGUUGUUGGUGUAAGUGUGUAAAUAAAGCUGGUAACGGUUAAUUUUUGAAUAAAAACCUCGGGAGAGAGAUUUUACGACGGUGGAUAGAGAUGCAAGGCCUACACUUCUAUUCGGCAAUGACCACUUAAUGGGCAGUUGAGUUAUGGUGGCGGGGACCUCCCAUGCAACUGAAAAACAGCUUUGCACUUCUUAGUUCCUCAUCUACAGACAUGAUCCCCUGCGCUGGUAUCCAUGUCCUCGGCUGGACCAACAGGGUCAAUGGUUGUACCAGCGCGGCGCGCACGUAUUUCUAAUGCUGAAAUCUCUCUAAAACCAAAUAUAAGAAAGACUGAAAAAUUCAGCUGUUAAUUGUUUAACUUUGUGACAAAGUACCUAUCCACCGACAUAAAGUUAUUUUUUACAGAUGGUUCAGUAGCAUUACUUUAUGUUUUAGUUUAUAAUUCUCCAUGUACAUAUACUUCCAAUUGAAACGCAGUCACAGCACU